AUGAUACUUCUGUAGGAAGUGUGACAUUUUGACUGCAUCUUGUGAUCCCUGCGGGAAUUGAACCCAUGACCUCAGCAUGGCUAGAGCCAAUGCUCUUAGCACCUUAGCCACACAAACCCUUUCUUUCGCCUGUACUGUAACCUUUUGAACCAUUCAUUCUCUGAUUUGCAGGUAUAAAGUGGGACCUAUAGUAUGACCUUGGGAGGUCAGUUUGGGGAUAUAUUUUGCCCCUUCUGACUGUAUCUCUGUACCCCAAUAUACUCAUGAAGUGUUCUCUCUGUGUUGCAGAUACGGUGACAUGGUACCCAAGACCAUCGUGGGGAAGGUGUUUGGUUCCAUCUGUUCUCUGAGCGGGGUGCUGGUCAUCGCCCUGCCUGUGCCCGUCAUCGUGUCCAACUUCAGCCGCAUCUACCACCAGAGCCAGCGGGCAGAGAAACGCCGAGCUCAAAAGGUAAAGUGGCCGUACUGUGUGUGUGUGUGUGUGUGUGUGUGUGUGUACAUGCAUGUUUGUGUGUGUGUGCAUGAGUGCGUCUGUGUGUUUGUGUGUGUCUCCCUCCCUGUAUCCCCACUACCUCCCUCCCUGUAUCCCCCCUACCUCCCUACCUCCCUCCCUGGGGGUUGUGGGUUCGAUUCCCACGGGGGGCCAGUAUAAAAAAAAUAUGUAUUCACUAACUGUAAGUCGCUCUGGAUAAGAGCAUCUGCUAAAUGACUAAAAUGUAAAAAUUCUCCCUCCCUCCCUGUUUCCUCCCUCCCUCCCUGUAUUCUCCCUGUAUCUUCCCUACCUCCCUCCCUCCCUGUAUCCUCCCUCCCUGUAUUCCUCCUCCCUCCCUGUAUUCCCCCUACCUCCCUCCCUGUAUUCCCCCUACCUCCCUCCCUCCCUCCCUGUAUUCCCCCUACCUCCUACCUCCCCUGUAUUCCCCCUACCUCCCUCCCUCCCUGUAUUCCCGUUUAGCAUAGUUGGUAGAGCAUGGCGCUUGCAACGCCAAGGUUGUGGGUUCGAUUCCCAUUGGGGGACCAGUAUGAAAAUGUAUGCACUAACUGUAAGUCGCUCUGGAUAAGAGCGUCUGCAAAAUGACGAAAAUGUAAAUGUAGGGGGAAUACAGGGAGGCAGGUAGGGGGAAUACUGAGCUACAUCCCUGUAUUCCCCACCUGUAUCCCCCCUGUAUUCCCCCUACCUCCCUGUAUUCCCCCUACCUCCCUACCUCCCUCCCUGUAUUCCCCUACCUCCCCCUCCCUGUAUUCCCCCUCCCUCCAUGUAUCCCCCUGUAUUCCCCCUACCUCCCUCCCUGUAUUCCUCCUCCCUCCCUGUAUCCCCCCUACCUCCCUCCCUGUAUUCCCCCUCCCUCCAUGUAUCCCCCUGUAUUCCCCCUGCUCCUCCCUGUAUCCCCCUCCCUCCAUGUAUUCCCCCUACCUCCCUGUAUUCCCCCUACCUCCCUCCCUCCCUGUAUUCCUCCUCCCUCCUGUAUCCCCCUACCUCCCUGUAUUCCCCCUACCUCCCUGUAUCCCUCCCAAUACCAACCUGUAUUCCUCCUAUCCCCACUACCUCCCUACCUACCUGUAUCCCCCCUCCCUCCCUGUAUCCCACUAACUCCCUCCCUCCCUGUAUCCCCCCUACCUCUCUCCUUGUCUGUCAGUCUGUCUUUGUCUAACCAGCUAGAUAGAAAAAACGACCUCUGGAGACUAAAACAGAGGUGUGUUACCUUUGUUCAAACAGAAAACUCGGAUCGCUAAAAUCCGUGCAUCGAAGAGCCGGGGCACUAACGCGUACAUGCACUACAAACACUACAACGGUCAUUUCCUGACCCACAACUCUCUUGAAGAGGUACUGUAACAGAGCCAACCGGUGGGGGCUCAUCAUCGGUGGGGGCUCAUCAUCGGCCGUGGCCAGCACUGCAUGUCGCUCUGCUCUGCUCAGAGCCAUGUUGUGACCACGGGGCUGCUUAUGGCGUAACACCAGAGGGACUGCUUAUGGCUUAACACCAGAGGGACUGUUUAUGGUGUAGCACCAGGGGGCUUGCUUAUGGCUUAACACCAGAGGGACUGCUUAUGGUGUAACACCAGGGGGACUGUUUAUGGUGUAACACCAGGGGGCUUGCUUAUGGUGUAACACCAGGGGGCUUGCUUAUGGUGUAACACCAGUAUAGUCGUCUUUAACAGCACCACUAACCUCUUUCUCAGCUGCUGCAUUGACAUGUUCUUUCCAAACUCUCUCAGGACCAGCGCUCCACUCUCUGAACUCUGUUGUUUAAUUUUGUGUAUUAUGUAUACUGGUAACCCAACGGUUACUGUUUGAAAUGGCGUAAUAAACUGGACUUCAUUUCAACUAGCUUUGCCUGUUGGUAGUAUAUUGUCCAGUUGAUGGCUUUGCUGCUACAGACUAACAUACACUAUAUACACAAACGUAUGUGGACACCCCUUCAAAUUAGUGGAUUCGGCUAUUUCAGCCACACCAGUCGCUGACAGGUGCAUAAAAUCGAGCACACCGCCAUGCAUUCUCCAUAGACAAACAUUGGCAGUAGAAUGGCCUUACUGAAGAGCUCAGUGACUUUCAACAUGGCACCGUCAUAGGAUGCCACCUUUCCAAAAAGUCAGUUUUGCACAUUUCUGCCCUGCUAGAGCUGCCCCAGGCAACUGUAAGUGCUGUUAUUGUGAAGUGGAAACGUCUAGGAGCAACAACGGCUCAGCCGUGAAGUGGUAGGACACACAAGCUCACAGAAGGGGACGGCAGAGUGCUGAAGCUGCCUCUGGAAGCAACGUCAGCACAAUAACUGUUCAUCGAGACCUUCAUGAAAUGGGUUUCCAUGGCCGAGCAGCCGCACACAAGCCUAAGAUCACCAUGCACAAUGCCAAGCGUUGGCUGGAGUGGUGUAAAGCUCCCCGCCAUUGGACUCUGGAAACGUGUUCUCUGGAGUGAUGAAUCACACUUCACCAUCUGGUAGUCCGACGGAUAAAUCUGGGUUUGGCGGAUGCCAGGAGAACGCUAAUUGCCCCAAUGCAUAGUGCCAACUGUAGAGUUUGGUGGAGGAUAAAUAAUGGUCUAGGGCUGUUUUUCAUGGUAUGGGCUGGGCCCUUAGUUCCAGUGAAGGGAAAUAUAUAUAUAUUUUUUUUAAUUGCUUUUUAUCCCUUUCUCGUGGUAUCCAAUUGGUAGUUACAGUUUUGUCCCAUCGCUGCAACUACCGUACGGACUCGGGAGAGGCGAAGGUCAAGAGCCAUGCGUCCUUCUGAAACACGACCCCACCAAACAGCAGUGCUUCUUGACACACUGCUCAUUUAGCCUGGAAGCCAGCCGCACCAAUGUCUUAGCCUGGAAGCCAGCCGCACCAAUGUGUUGGAGGAAACGCCGUACAGCUGGCGACCAAAGUCAGCGUGCAUGCGCCACAAGGAGUUCGCUAGAGCGCGAUGGGACAAGGACAUCCCAGUCGGCCAAACCCUCCCCUAACCCAGACGACGCUGGGCCAAUUGUGCGCCGCCUCAUGGGUCUCCCGGUCCGGCCGGCUGCGACACAGCCCGGGAUCGAACCUGAAUCUGUAGUGACGCCUCUAGCACUGCGAUGCAGUGCCUUAGACCGCUGCGCCACUCGGGAGGCCAUGAAGGGAAAUCUAAACGCUACAGCAUACAAUGACAUUCUAGACGAUUCUGUGCUUCCAACUUUGUCGCAAAAGUUUGGGGAAGGCCCUUUCCUGUUUCAUCAUGACAAUGCCCCCGUGCACAAAGCGAGGUCCAACCAUAAAUGGUUUGUUGAGAUUGGUGAGGAAGAGCUUGACUGGCCUGUACAGAGCCCUGACCUUAACCCCAUCGAACACCUUUGGGAUGAAUUGGAACACUGACUGCGAGCCAGGCCUAAUCGCCCAACAUCAGUGCCCAACUUCACUAAUGCUCUUGUGGCUGAAUAGAAGCAAGUCCCCGCAGCAAUGUUCCAACAUCCAGUGGAAAGCCUUCCCAGAAGAGUGGAGGCUGUUAUAGCAGCAUAGGGGGGACCAACACCAUAUUAAUGCCCAUGAUUUUGGAAUGAGAUGUUCGACGAGCAGGUGUGCACAUACUUUUGGUCAUGUAGUGUAUCUUCCAUGAUGUCAUCUAAGAACCAUUGCUUCUUCAUUUCAGCCCUGCGUGUGGUUUUCUACAGCUGACCCAUGCCUAACACUUCUCUGCUCAGAGUUAUUCCCUCACCUAUUCUCUGUCUUUUCUCUGUGUACCCCAAGGCGUCCAAGGAAGCAGGGCAGCUCCUGGUGGGAAAACCCAACAUUCCCUUUGAGAGCCAUCACCACCACCUGCUGCACUGCCUGGAGAAGACCACAGUAAGAGCACCUUUACUAUAACCCAUAACCAUAAUCUUAACCAUAAACAUAACCAUAAACCCUAACCCUAACCUUAACCUGCUUCCCAGCAUGCCAAAGAUAACAUGCAUUCUGCCAGCCCAGUAAUGUUAUGCCUUCAAAACAGACAAGCAUACUUCAUUUUACAGUAUGUAUAAUUCAGAGAGAUAAAAGCUUCUCUCUUAUGUUAGCCAUGACAAACAUGCACACACACACACACACACACACACACACACACACACACACACACACACACACACACACACACACACACACACACACACCCAUAAAGCCUACAUGCCGUUCUAUAUGAUAUAAUGAAUGUCUACAUCAUACCUCUUAGUGAGGCGUGCAUGAUGUAUGUUGGCUGAGGAGAAAAACAUGAGCAGGUAGCAGGAGACAGAGAGAGAGACAGAGAGAGACAGAGAGACACAGAGAGCGAGACAGAGACAGAGACAGAGACAGCGAGACAGAGAGAGACAUCGAGACAGAGACAGCGAGAAAGACAGAGAGAGGGACAGAGAGAGGGACAGAGAGAGAGACAGAGAGAGAGACAGAGAGAGACAGAGAGAGAGAGACAGAGAGAGAGACAGAGAGAGAGACAGUGAGAAAGACAGAGAGAGGGACAGAGAGAGGGACAGAGAGAGACAGAGAGAGAGAGAGAAAGAGAGAGAGACAGAUAGACAGAGAGAGAGAGAGAGAGACAGAGACAGAGAGAGAGACAGAGAGAGAGACAGAGAGAGAGACAGAGAGAGAGAGAGAGAGAGAGAGAGAGAGAGAGAGAGAGAGAGACAGAGAGAGAGAUACAGAGAGAGAGAGACAGAGAGAGAGAGACAGAGACAGAGAGAGACACGAAAAUAGUACAAAAUGAAGCUCCUUAUGGGAAAUCAGGAGACCCUUUUUGCUGACUUUUAUAAAAGUGGGAACAUAAGCAACCUUAUCUUCCACACAGACCAUACUCAGGAUACUAGACAACGAGGACUCUGAGUCAUCUAAUAUAAAUCUCUAUAAAUCUGGAACAGUAUUGGUACAGGGCAACACCAAACAGAGAAAGAGCUCAGCAGGAGAAGCUCUCCCUUGACAAAGAUACCCCCACCCCGAGCGGGUCAGACCAGACCUCUUCAUUAAAUAACCCCACAGAGCAACCCCAAGCGGAAAGUCAACUUCCCAGCACAGAGUACUACUGCCUCAUUGAAAUGAAGGAUACAUUCACCCAGCUGGAGGUAAGGCAGGUGGAGCUGGAACAGCAGGUGAACACACUCCAGUCAGCACAGACCCAGACAACAGUCCAGCACAACAACACCCCCUUAACUAGACCUGGAGAGCUGGAGGUAGAGAGACAUGUCUGCACUCUGGACUGUGGUGAGACAACAUCAACAGGAGAAAGAGCAGGAGCAGGAGAAGAACAGAGCACUAGAGGAGAGGAUCAGAGUGCUGGAGGAGAAGAAUGAUAACGGGUGACAGAGAACUUCCAUUAGAGAGCUGGCCACCCCCGCAGAGAAGCCAGCAGAACAGCCCACCUCAGACCCUGACCAUAGCCUCGACAUCACAGCCAGACAAACAAAUGAAGAACCCCAAGCCCUGAGGACCCCAACCCCUCUGAGCACCCCCCUGUCAGCCACCCUGAUAGCCCUCAUGACGACCCCCCCACACCCACUGAGGACAUACACAAGCCACAGAUUGUACUCCUUAUGGACUCAAACAGGAAAUAAAUACAAGAAAAUAAACUUUUCCCCAAACACACAGUGUCUAAACUCUGGUGUCCAAACACCCAGCGCGCCCUAGACCUUCUGUCUGAGGACCAACUAGGAUCACCCAGCCACAUAAUAAUACACACAGGCACAAACGACCUGAGAACACAGCAGGAAAGGGUGGCCACAGCACUCAAGGGAGUGAUAGAAAAAGCUUAUUUUACUUUCCCCAAUGCACAAGUGAUUAUCUCAACCCUGCUACCAUGAAAAUACUUCCACCCUGCUACCAUACAGCAGGUAAACACAAGUAUUUCCCGUGACUGUGCAUCAAAACCUAAUGUCUACCUGGCCCACCACUCCACCCUGGACGUAAACAGCCUUUACGACCAGGUCCACCUAUACAAGGCAGCAGUGCCCACCUUCGCCCGGACCCUAAAGGAUAUCGCCCUCAACCGCAGACCCAACACGUCACACAGGAGCAACAGAUCAACAGACGCCCCGCCCAGACCAGCGAGACUGGACCUACACAUAGAGGAUAGAGGACCAGGGGUCCUAAAUGGGGUGACAAACACCAAAUUGAAUGCAGAAUUCUGCAAAAACAAUCCUCUGUGUACAACGAAAAACACCAAAUAAUGCAUGCAUAGCAGAAUUAGGCUGUUACCCGCUAAUUACCAAAAUCCAGAAAAGAGCCGUUAAAUUCUAUAACCACUUAAAAGAAGCGAUUCCCAAACCUUCCAUAACAAAGCCAUCACCUACAGAGAGAUGAACUUGGAGAAGAGUCCCCUAAGUAAGCUGGUCCUGGGGCUCUGUUCACAAACACAAACAGAUCCCACAGAGCCCCAGGACAACAACAACAACAACAACAACAACACAAUUAGACCCAACCAAAUCAUGAGAAAACAAAAAGAGAAUUACUUGACACAUUGGAAAGAAUUAACAAAAAAACAGAGCAAACUAGAAUGCUAUUUGGCUCUAAACAGAGAGUACACAGUGGCAGAAUACCUGACCACUGUGACUGACCCAAACUUAAGGAAAGCUUUUACUAUGUACAGACUCAGUGAGCAUAACCUUGCUAUUGAGAAAGGCCGCCAUAGGCAGACCUGGCUCUCUAGAGAAGACAGGCUAUGUGCACACUGCCCACAAAAUGAGGUGGAAAGUGAGCUGCACUUCCUAACCUCCUGCCAAAUGUAUGACCAUAUUAGAGACACAUAUUUCCCUCAGAUUACUUUAGAUAAACUCCCUUAUCUACUGGGUGAAAAACUUUGAAGAGGUAGAGUUUCAGACGUUUUUGGAAGAUGGGCAGGGACUCUGCUGUCCUAGCAGUGGAGGCUGGUGGGAGGAGCUAUAGGAGGACAGGCUCAUUGUAAUGGCUGGUAUGGAAUACAUGGAAGGGUAUCAAACACAUCAUACAUGGAAACCACAUGUUUGAGUCCUUUCCAUUUAUUCCAUUCCAGCCACUACAAUGAGCCUGUCCUCCUAUAGCUCCUCCCACCAGCCUCCUCUGUGUCCUAGCAUCAGGGAGAAGCUGGUUCCACCAUUGGGGUGCCAGGACAGAAAAGAGCUUUGACUGGGCUGAGCAGAAGCCCACAUCCCAUAGGGGUGGGACGGCCAAGAGACCAGAGGUGGCAGAAAGGAGUGAGGUUGGGAUGUAGACUUUGAGCAGAGCCUGAAGGUAGGGAGGGGCAGUUCCCCUUGCUGCUCCAUAGGCAAGCACCAGAGUCUUGUAGUGGAUGCAGGCUUCAACUGGAAGCCAAUGGAGUGUACGGAGGAGCAGGGUGACAUGGGAUAACUUGGGAAAGUUGAACACCAGAUGGGCUGCGGCGUUCUGGAUAAAUUGCAGGGGUUUAAUGGCACAAGUGGGGAGCCCAGCCAACAGAGAGUUGCAGUAGUCCAGAUGGGAUAUGACGAGUGCCUGGAUUAGGACCCGCGCUGCUUCCUGUGUGAGGAAAGGUUGUACUCUACAGAUGUUGUAGAACAGGGUUCUUCAAUUCCGGUCCUGGAGGGCUGAAACACUUCUGUUUUUUAUUUCUACCUGGUAGUUAAUUGCACUCACCUGGUGUCCCAGGUCUGAAUUAGCCCCUGAUUAGAAGGAGAGGAUGAAAAACAGAGGUGUUUCGGCCCUCCAGGACCAGAAUUGAAUAACCCUGUUGUAGAACAUGAACCUGCAGGAGCAAGUAACUGUUUAUAUGUUUGUAGAGAAUUACAGGGCGUUGUCCAGGGUCACGCCAAUGUUCUUUGCACUCUAGGAGUGGGACACGGUGUAGUUGUCGACCGUGAUAGAGAGGUCUUGGAACGGGCAGGCCUUCCCCGAGAGGAAGAGCAGCUCUGUCUUGUUGAGGUUGAGCUUGAGGUGGUGGGACACCAGUAGUGAAAACAUGUGGUGCAGACACAGAUCCUCUCCACGCCACCUGGUAGGAGCGACCUGCCAGGUAGGAUGCAAUCCAGGAGUGUGCAGAGUCUGAGACGCCCAGCCCUGAGAUAGGUGGACAGGAGGUACUAAUGGUUCAUGGUGUUGAAGGCAGCAGAUAGAUCUAGGAGGAUGAGAACAGAGGAGAGAGAGUCAGCAUUGGCAGAGCUUUGAGCCUCCGUGACACAGAGAAGAGCAGUAUCCGUUGACUGACCCGUCUUGAAGCCUGACUGGUUAGGGUCAAGAAGAUCAUUCUGAGAGCGAUAACAAGAUAGUUGGUCAGAGACAACAAGCUCAAGUAUUUUGGAAAGAAAAGAAAGAAGGGAUAACAGUCUGUAGUUUUUGACAUAGGGAUCGAGGGUUGGUUUCUUGAGGAGGGGAGUGACUCUGGACAUCUUUAAGUCAGAAGGGACGCAGCCAGUGGUCAGGGAUGAGUUAAUGAGGGAAGUGAGAAAUGGGAGAAGGUCUCCAGAGAAGAGGGGAUGGGGUCGAGUGGGCAGGUUGUCCGUCGGCUGGACAUCACUAGUCGCAGGAUUUCAUCUGGAGAGAGAAGGGAGAAAGAGGUCAAGGCGUAGGGUAGUUCUGUGUGAGUUGGAACCAGUGGACUCGGUAGGCUGAGUGAAUGAGGAGUGGAUGUCGUCAAACAAAGUGGUUAACAAAGUUGUCUGCAGAGAGAGAGGAGGGAGGAGGCGGAGGAUUAAGGAGGGAGGAGAAGGUGGAAAAGAGUUUCCCAGGUUCGGAGGCAGAGGCUUGGAAUUUAGAGUGAUAGAAAGCGGCUUUAGCAGCGGAUACAAAAGAAAAGGUAGAGAGGAGGUAGUGGAAGGAUGAUAGGUCCUCCGGAAGUUUAGAUUUCUUCCAUUUUUGCUCAGCUGCCCGCAGCUCUAUUCUGUGAGCACGCAGUGAGUCACUCAGCCACAGAGCAAGAGGGGAGGGUCGAGCCGGCAGGGAGGAAAGGGGACAGUGAGAGUCAAAGGAGACGGGAAGGGAGGAGAGUAGGGUCGACGAGGCAGAGUCAGGAGGGAGAAGGAUUUAGUAGAAGGGAGAGAUGUUGGUAUAGAACAGGAGAGCUUAGUGGGAGAGAGAGAGAGAGAUAGCGACGAUUGCAAGACCAUCUGGGUAGGGGCUGAGUGGGUUGGAGGAGAGAGGGAGAAAAAAAAUGAGAUUGAAGCCACCCAGUACGAUAAGUGGUGAGCCAUCAUUGGGAAAUGAGCUUAUCAAGGUGUCAAACUCAUUGAGGAACUCUCUAAGGUCACCUGGUGGCCGAUAGAUGACAACAAUGUUAAGCUUGAGUGAACAAGUGGACAAGUGACAUUCAAAUGAGGAGAUGGAAAGGUGAGAGAGGGGAAAAAGAGAAAAUAUAAAUUUAGGAGAAAUAAGUAGCCCACCACCGCGAUGACCAGAUACUUUCGGACUAUGAGAGUACACAUAGUCAGAUGACGAGAGAGCAGCUGGGUUGUAGCGGUGUUCUCUGGGGAAUCUACACUAUAUACACAAAAGUAUGUGGACACCACUUCAAAUUAGUGGAAACUGCUAUUUCAGCCACACCUGUUGCUGACAGGUGUAUAAAAUCAAGCACCCAACCAUGCAAUCUCCAUAGACAAACACUGGCAGUAGAAUGGCCUUACUGAAGAGCUAAGUGACUUUCAACGUGGUACCGUCAUAGGAUGCCACCUUUCCAACAAGUCAGUUCGUCAAAUUUCUGCCCUGCUAGAGCUGCCCCGGUUAACUGCAAGUGCAGUUGUUGUGAAGUGGAAACGUCUAGGAGCAACAACGGCUCAGCUGUGAAGUGGUAGGCCACACAAGUUCACGGAACGGGACUGCCGAGUGCUGAAGCGUGUAAGCGUAAAAAGUGUCUGUCCUCAACACUCACUUCCGAGUUCCAAACUGCCUCUGGAAUCAACUUCAGCACAAGAACUGUUCGUCGGGAGCUUCAUGAAAUGUGUUUCCAUGGCCCAGCAGCCGCACACAAGCCUAAGAUCUCCAUGCGCAAUGCCAAGCGUCGGCUGGAGUGGUGUAAAGCUCGCCACCAUUGGACUCUGUAGCAGUGGAAACGCAUUCUCUGAAGUGAUGAAUCACACUUCGCCAUCUGGCAGUCCGACGGACUAAUCUGGGUUUGGCGGAUGCCAGGAGAACGCUACCUGCCCGAAUGUAUAGUGCCAACUGUAAAGUUUGGUGGAGGAGGAAUAAUGGUCUGGGGCUGUUUUUCAUGGUUCGGGCUCGGUCCCUUAGUUCCAGUGAAGGGAAGUCUUAACGCUACAGCAUACAAUGACAUUCUAGACGAUUCUGUGCUUCCAACUUUGUGGCAACAGCUUGGGGAAGGCCCUUUCCUUUUCAGCAUGACAAUGCCCCAAUGGACAAAGCCAGGUCCAUACAGAAAUGGUUUGUCGAGAUCGGUGUGGAAGAACUUGACUGGCCUGCACUGAGCCCUGACCUCAACCCCAUCGAACACCUUUGGGAUGAAUUGGAACGCCGACUGUGAGCCAGGCCUAGUUACCCAACAUCAGUGCCCGACCUCACUAAUGCUCUUGUGGCUGAAUGGAAGCAAGUCCCAGCAGCAAUUUUCAACAUCUAGUGGAAAGCCUUCCCAGAAGAGUGGAGGCUGUUAUAGCAGCAAAGGGGGGACCAGCUCCAUAUUAAUGCCCAUGAUUUUGGAAUGAGAUGUUGGACGAGCAGGUGUGCACAUACUUUUGGUCAUGUAGUGUAUCUUCCAUGAUGUCAUCUAAGAACCAUUGCAGGCUAGGCUUCUUUAUUUCAGCCCUGCGUGUGGUUUUCUACUUUUGGUCAUGUAGUGUAUUUCUCUGUCUGGGCCUAAAAGUCGAGGGACUUUAGGGCGACAAAGGCUGAGAUGAACUAGUCUUUUUGACCACAGAUUGGCAGUUCUGGAGAGAGGGGACACAGUCUUCCACAUGAUGGUGAAACUCAUUAAAAACACAGGGCUACUCAUUCAUUGCAGCUGCAGUAUGAGUGGAAGUAGGGAGAAGCGUGUUUUAUGUUUUGUAAUAGUGUUGAAUAAAAACGGUGUUGACAGUGCUGAAUAAAAAGUUAGACGUAAAAACAGCAGCGCUUUGCCAAAUUCUUUGACAGUCUCUUUCAAGGUUUUAAAAGUUAUGAAAUCUCACUAAAGGGUAGCAUCAAACUUUGCUGUGGCCAGGGUCGUGAAAACUGUAGGCAUAGUGAUUUGAGCUAUUGCAUUGGGAUUGACCAAAAAUAUACUUGCCACUCUUACAGAGAUGAGUUGUCUUCCCAGGCUAUAGAGGGGGAAUCUAAAAUUGCAUUUCCUCGAUUACUCAAUUCCUGUUUCCUCGUCUCCUUCUCAAAAGGAUCUUCUCCUCCAAUGCAUUUUCAGAAAGGAGACGAGGAGAGAGAAUAAAGAAAAUGAUGGUUUCUUCAUAAUGCCAUCUGGUGGUGCAGUCUGGGUCAUACACUCAGCUGACCUUCAAGUCUUAUUACCCAUUCAACACACAGGGAAAGAGGAACAGCUUCACAGAUUGUACUUGAUGUGGACGUCUGGGCCGGUGCUAGUAUGCUUCCGUUCCCCUGGUACUACUUUAUUAUUUAAAUGCAUCAUCACAACACUGUUGCUAUGGUUUUGAUAUAGGCAUUUGUCUCUUUACCACCAACUGGCCAAUUGCGGGUCGUUAAAGCACAGCAGGUGAUUAAAGCUAUUCGCAUGAUUAAAGGAAAGAGGUAAACACCUGUAUUAUUAUCCCUCUGGGAAAAUUGGUUUUUUAUGAAAAAUCAUGUCUAUAAAAACAACAGACAUUUCACAGGGAAUAGGAGACUGAUGUCUGGAAUUGAAUGAAUGGAAUGGUAUCAUUCACAUAGAAAACAUUAGAUGUGUUUCGAUACGGUUCCAUUCAUUCCAAUCCAGCCAUUACAAUGAGCUCAUCCUCCAAUUUCGCCAUCCACCAGCCUCCACUGUGGCCCAUUGAUUUCUGUCUCUUUCUCUCUCUCUCCAGAAUCAUGAGUUUAUUGACGAGCAGACUUUCGAGACCAACUGUAUGGAGGUAACCAUGGUGAACAAGUCUGGCUCUGGAACCUCGUCCCUGUCGUCGUCUCCCUACGGCCUGUCCUCCUGCUGUUUGAGACGUCACAGGAAGAAGAGCUUCAGUCUGCCCAACUCUAACAACCAGGAGCUAUCCACCAUCCAGAUCAGAGAGAGGCCUGUGACCAACAGGUAGUCUCACAGACAGAUACACACACACAUGGGAGUGUCAUAAGCACGCUUGCAUGGGCGCACAUGUAUUAACGAUCAAACACACACACACACACACACACAGCAAAUGGACACACAAACACACAAGCAUAAACAGUAAAAUGCAUGAACGCACACACACACACACACGCACACACACACACACACAGACACACCUCACCCCUCUGUCUCUCUCUGUCCUCUCCCCUACAGUCGCUCCAGCCUGAACGCUAAACUAGACUCUGCCCUCUGUCUCUCUCUGUCCUCUCCCCUACAGUCGCUCCAGCCUGAACGCUAAACUAGACUCUGCCCUCUGUCUCUCUCUGUCCUCUCCCCUACAGUCGCUCCAGCCUGAACGCUAAACUAGACUCUGCCCUCUGUCUCUCUCUGUCCUCUCCCCUACAGUCGCUCCAGCCUGAACGCUAAACUAGACUCUGCCCUCUGUCUCUCUCUGUCCUCUCCCCUACAGUCGCUCCAGCCUGAACGCUAAACUAGACUCUGCCCUCUGUCUCUCUCUGUCCUCUCCCCUACAGUCGCUCCAGCCUGAACGCUAAACUAGACUCUGCCCUCUGUCUCUCUCUGUCCUCUCCCCUACAGUCGCUUCAGCCUGAACGCUAAACUAGACUCUGCCCUCUGUCUCUCUCUGUCCUCUCCCCUACAGUCGCUCCAGCCUGAACGCUAAACUAGACUCUGCCCUCUGUCUCUCUCUGUCCUCUCCCCUACAGUCGCUCCAGCCUGAACGCUAAACUAGACUCUGAGAUGGUGCCGUUGAAGGGUGAGCCCUACAUCACCACCUCCGUGGUCAACCUGCGUCCCGCCCCGUCCCCACUGGUGACAUCAUCAGACGGCGACGGAUCCACCAGCUCCCCCGUCAACUAUUCUCAGAGCAACAUUGUCAGAGUGUCGGCCUUGUAG